AUGAAACUCCGCAGAGAUCCGGUCUGCCAGACUAGAUACUUUCGGAUUGGAUUAUUUCAGACAUAUCUCAAUUCAAAAAUUGAAGCCGGUGGGCUUUCACUUCUUCGUAACAAGAUACCGACUCGCAAAUCCAUCAUCUACACCAUUUGCUACAGUGCUAUUGCCUAUUGGUUUAUCGUUACAAUUGUAAAUCUUCAAGAAGACGCCGACCUUGCCCUCGAGCUGGGGAAGAAUACCAAAGAGUGA